AUGAGAACAAUUCCGGUUGACUCAGCAUUAUAUCAAUCAAUUAUUGAAUUUAUUCAUUCCUUUAAAAAGAAAAAAGUUGCAAUGAUUUAUACAAAUGAUCCAAGUGGAAAUUCAGGAUAUUUUAGAGUAAAUAAAUUAUGUAAUCAAAAGAAUAUUGCACUUCUUGAUAUUCAAGAUAGUGAAAAUAUGCCAGACAUAGGAAAUUUAGAUGGUAUUAAUACAGUUAUUAGCAAUAUGUAUAUGGAAGAAUUAUUUGAUACAUGGAAACGCUUUCCAAAAAUACCAGAAAAAAAAUGUUGGUAUCACCAGAUGUUACAAUGGUUAUUAGUGAAGCAGACUUUGAGUUAA